AUCAAACACCCCUCGCAGUUAAAUUAAGUACUACAGAGUUAGUAGGGGAAGACUAAUCUUCUCUAACUGCUUCCAAAAUCUAAAUACCGAUUUCUUAACAAGGGCAUAUUUUGUUACAUAAUUACUAUCAUCGCAUGGAACGGCCAGAUAUAUACUAUUAUAUCAGCACGCGAAUCCAGCGAAUUCCGUUUUUAGAGGAGCUACAAUUUCCUCGUUUCUUUCAAACUUUCCAAUUUUAAUAAUUCUUUCGUCUUAUCACUCAAAUUCUUCUUUUUCUUCUCCGAAAUUGUUUUUCAUCGAAUUUUCAAAUUCUCUUGAAACCGGUAGAAGUGACAGAAACUAGAUAGAGAGAAAGAGAGAUAGAGAUGGGCGGAUUGUGUUCGGACUUGAAGGGAGGAAGGCAGGGAGUAGCAAAUUCACAGCAUACAGCUUUUGCUUCCAACCAAAGAGGUGCAGGUGUUAAUGCAGGAGGAGGACAUAAUGAUGCUGUUGAUACUUUCUUAAGAUCUCGUGGUGUUCAUACGCUUUAUACCCAAAUUGAGUUGUCCAUAUCUGCUUCGAAGCUACGUGAUAUGGACAUUCUCUCGAAGAGUGAUCCAAUGGUGGUCGCCUAUGUAAAGAAAAGAGAUGGACAACUCGAGGAAAUUGGUCGUACAGAAGUAAUAAUGAACACAUUGAAUCCUAUCUGGGUUCAAAAGGUUUCAAUUGCUUAUCAGUUUGAGAUUGUUCAGCCAUUGGUGUUUCGUGUGUUUGAUGUUGACACUAAAUAUCACAAUGUACCAGUAAAAUCGUUGAAGCUGAAUGAGCAAGACUUCCUUGGAGAGGCUAAUUGUGUUCUGUCAGAGAUUGUGACCAAGCAUAACAAGAGCUUGACACUACAUAUUCAAGGAAAAAAUGCUCAUGGUGGAAUUAGAAACAUGGGGACCUUGACUGUCCAUGCAGAGGAAACAGUCGUUUCAAGGCUAGCUGUUGACAUGACAUUCCACUGUUCCAAAUUGGAAAACAAGGACCACUUUUCUAAAAGUGACCCUUUCUUGAGGAUAUCAAAAAUUGUUGAGAGUGGAGGUUGUUUUCCUAUAUGUAAAACUGAAGUGAUUGAAAAUAAUUUGGAUCCGACCUGGAAGCCUGUGUGCUUGACUGCACAGCAAUUUAUAAGCAAGGAUAAUCCUUUAAUAAUUGAGUGUUUUGAUUUCGAUAACAGUGGCAACCAUCAACUUAUUGGAAAACUUCAGAAAUCAGUAGCAGACUUGGAAAUGCUUUGCCAAUCGAAAACUGGUGCAAAUUUUCAUGCACCUUCUUCUCACCAACCAGAUAAUAUGAAGGUGCUGAAGAGUCAACUGCAUGUGCAAAUGUAUCGUGAGAAAACGCAAUAUACAUUUUUGGAUUACAUUUCUAGCGGAUUUGAGCUUAACUUUAUGGUUGCUGUUGAUUUUACAGCUUCGAAUGGUAAUCCUCGUUAUCCCGGUUCCUUGCAUUAUAUUGACCCUUCAGGCCAAUUCAAUUCUUACCAGCAGGCUAUACACGAGGUUGGAGGGGUCAUACAGUUUUAUGAUACCGAUAAAAGUUUCCCUACAUGGGGUUUUGGAGGAAAACUAGCUUGGAGUGGAGUAUCACAUUGUUUUAACUUGAAUGGAAGUCCUAAUAUGUCUGAGCAGGUUGAAGGUGUAAAUGGUAUCCUGGCCGCGUACUCUAGUGUCUUGCAAACUGUUACUCUUGCUGGACCCACUGUAUUUGGUCCGGUGAUCAACACAGCUGCUCAAAUUGCUGGCCAGUCCCUUGCACUUAACCAGAACAAAUACUUUGUCUUACUAAUAGUUACGGAUGGUGUACUUACUGAUCUUCAAGAAACAAAAAAUGCUCUGGUGAGAGCGUCUGACUUACCCUUAUCGAUACUCAUAGUUGGAGUUGGAGGGGCUGAUUUUAAACAAAUGGAGGUUCUAGAUGGUGACGACGGAAAGCGGUUAGAGAGUGACACCGGACGGGUAGCUACACGUGAUGUUGUACAGUUUGUUCCAAUGCGUGAUGUACAAGGUGGACAAAUCUCUGUUGUUCAAGCACUCUUGGAAGAGCUUCCUUCACAAUUUUUGACAUACAUGCGCAGCAGGGGCAUCAAACCUCGCUUUGCGGACUAAACUGUCAUAGCUUUAAACCCCACGAGCUCCCAAGCUUACAGAUACUGAACCUUCGCGUGUUAGUGACUUGAUUUGGAUUUGUGUAUAAUACUUACUUGUGCAGACCCAUCAACUGUUAGAUAUUUAGGGCCUUACCAGACACAUACUAGUUUUUACUGUUUUCCUUGCCUUCGGCAUAGUUUGGCAGCUACAUUCUUGUACAAAUGGGACCUAGUUUGUGGAUAUCAAGAGAUUUUUUUUCAC